AGCUACUCAACCUCUUCGAACGCGAACAAUAACAACUCUACGAACAACUCUCAAUCCUCUUCCAGUUCUAAAGUCCUCAAGCUUACCAAAAAGAAAUAAACCACUACCAAUACACUUUACAAAAUGGGCGCCGUCUUUUCUUGUAUCAGAGACCUCUUCCGCUCCAUUGGAGCAUGCAUCAUGGGCGUCAUCAACGCAAUCGCAACUGGCAUCAAGGUCGUCAUUAACGGCAUCGUCUCGGUCCUUGGCGUCCUCGUUUCCUGCCUUACUUGCGGCUACGUCGGACGGAGAAGGCGCACUUCCACUCGGAUGCAUAAUAGGUCAAGGCCGGUUUAUUAG